UCUUGUUGAAAGUUGCAAACUGUUGCUCAUUUUGUUCUUUGUUUGCUUACAUUAUUUUGGCAUUUGAGAUUUGAAUCAUAAGUUCGUGGAAUUGAGAUUUCUCAGCUUCUAUCUAUCAACCUCCAUCACCAGGCUUCAAUAAUUGCAUACUAAUUCAGCGAGAGUGAUGUGCGUAAGAUGGGAUGGGUGGCUGCCUAACUCUUGACAGAGAUGAAACGAAAGCUCGUCGACGCAGCGAGCAAAUCGACAAGCAGCUCGGCGAAUUGGCAAGGCAGCAACGUAAUAUCAUCAAAAUCCUACUGCUUGGUGCGGGGGAAAGUGGGAAAAGUACUCUGGUGAAGCAGAUGAAAAUAAUUCACAGCGAUGGCUUCACCAGGGACGAGUUGUGCAGCUUCCGUCCCACUGUCAUGGACAACCUGCUUUCCUCCAUGAAGUAUGUGCUCAGUGGCAUGGGUCUGCUCAGAAUCAACCUGCAGUCUGCCAAAAAUAAGGCGCAUGCGCAAACCGUGCUAGCUAGUCCCAGCUGUUUCGACAAGAGCUUCAAUGUCCUGCCCGGAGUGGCCCAGGCAUUGCAAGCUCUCUGGCAAGACAGGGGAGUUCGUCUCGCCGUAGCCAGGGGAUAUGAAUACGAACUCAACGAUUCUGCUCUCUAUUUAUUUGAAAACAUGGAAAGGAUAUGCAACGAAAAGUACAUACCUUCGCCGACCGAUGUACUGAGGGCAAGGGUUAGAACUAAUGGAAUUAUAGAAACUCAUUUCAAAAUGAACGAUGUGGUGAUUAGUAUGUUUGAUGUGGGAGGCCAGCGAUCUCAAAGAAGAAAGUGGAUCUAUUGCUUUGAUGACGUCAAAGCUGUUCUAUUCGUGGUGUCAUUGAGUGGAUAUGAUAUGACGCUCAUUGAAGACACAAACGUCAACCGGCUAGAGGAGAGUUUGAAUCUUUUCUCUCAAAUAGUGAACAACAGAUUCUUUCGGGAAGCAUCUUUCGUGCUUCUGCUGAAUAAGUUCGACCUAUUUAGGGAAAAGAUUCUCUAUUCUGGCAGACAUCUGAGGCUUUAUUUUCCCGAUUAUAAAGGACCAGACCACGACGUAGACCGCGCGGCGCUGUUCAUCCAGCACAAGUUCGCACUGCGCAACCAGAACGCAGCCAAAGUGAUGUAUCCGCACUUCACCACUGCCACCGACACAUCCAAUGUGCAGGUCGUCUUCCAGGUGGUCAUGGACAUGGUCAUCCGGCACAAUCUCACUCAGAUGACGCUGCUCUGACGCACAGACUUAAUCAUCAAACUACCACCGUCUGCCUUCAGAUUCUGGUGAUAUCAUCAGAUGUUGUCUCUUCUAAAUUAUUGUUAGUUCCUAGAUAAGAAGUGUUCUUACAAUUAUAGGUAUAUUUUUGAUAACAUUAUUUUUAUAUUAUGAGAUAGAGCUUUUGCUAAGUACAACAUUAGUGCUCUCAUUGUUCAAUGAAUUAUAUUUUGGUCUCAAGAGGCGUUUCAUUAAGGAGGAUUAAAUUCGAUAGGUAUAAAAAACCUGUUGUAUGUUUUCUCUCGUUUAAUUUUCUGUACAUUUUAUGGUUCCAUAUUAUUCUUCGGUCCCAUUCAAAACUGUAGUUAUCAACCCAUAACUUAUUUGGUGUAUAAGAAGCUUUAUAAAAACUUGCCCCAUAAAAUUUGUUUUCCCUGAUAAGUAGCCUAAUAAUAAAUUUUCCCCACUCCAAAAUAAGACUAUUUACUUAUUAAUGAGCGCUUCGAGCCUUGUGAUAAACUUAUCAUGAAUGAAUAAUAUAAAUCAUUUGAAAACGUUUAGCUGUUCCCGAAUUGCAUCUGAAGCAUUCAAUUAUUAUUAUGAAAUACGUUUUUUAGGUUGAUUACAUAUAAAUGCUUAAUCUUAAGAAGUUUCAAUUUUUUAUAAGAUUUAUCAAUUUAAAUUGUUCUAGGAUAUCUAUAUGAAUGGUUAUAAUUAUUAAUUGAAAAUGUUAAUUUGUUUUUGAAUUUUAUAAAACUCAAAUGUGAUGAGAUCAGCUUUAUAAGCUCGAGUUAAUGAUGAUUAAUCUUCUUAUAAGUUGGAAUAUAGCAAUAUAAAUUGAAUAGAAAAUUCUAUAAUAUAGUGAAUAGUAUAUAAACUAGUUGAUAAAUUGUUAGCCUAUAUCAAUUAUUUGGAUUGAGCUUUAAUAGAGUUGUUAUAUUGUUGAUAAACAAGCAAAAUUUCUAUUGGAAAAUAUUUUAUAGCUUUUGUAUAUUUUUUGAUACAUCUUUACAUUAGAAACUAUUAUUGUUGAAAGUAGGGUAUCGAGUAUUUAAUUGAACAUGGGGGCUUAGAUAAGUAUUUAGAUGUUGUUAUAAUGCAUAUUUAAAUGCUGUUAAGUGUUCAUGUUUAUUGAAAAGUAAAACAGGUCUUUUGGGACAUUUAAUUUCUACAUUAUGUGGUUUUUCAAUCCAGUUUUUCAAUUAUUAUAUGUUUAAUUUUUAUGGUGAAAUUAGCAUGUUAUUGAAUGAUUGCAUUAUUAAUUUUAAUAAUAUAAGUUGUAGUGCAUGGUAGAAAUAAACUUUUGUUGAACAAAUUAAUAUUACGUUUUCUAUAAUUCAUAAUGACAAUUUUCACGUUCUUGUCAUAUUGACAUUCGAUAUUACUCAUCCUUGAAUUAUUUGUUUUUGUUUACUUUAUUAUCUAUCAAUAAAUUGUUGAUCGAAUACUUUUGAACAUUGAACAAAGUAUAUUAUCUAUUGAUCAUUAGAUUUAUUUUUUCUAUCUCAGAUUUAAAAUUAGGCUUCAUUUAACUUUGCGAAAUAUUUGCUGAUUUGAUUGCUCUUCCAAGGCUUGAUUCAUAUGAAUUCGUUUUUGAAGUAUAUUUCUGUUUUAUUUAUUGCCAGGUGUGUUCUAAGUAAUACAGACUAUUUCAUUAUGUACUCUGAAUGACUGUCCACAAUCUUGAUAAUAUAAUCAUAAAAUAACCUAUCUAUAUAAGGCUAUUCUCUCAUAUAAUGCAAAAAAAGCUUGAAUAUUAUAGCAAAAAAUAAAUAAAUAAUAGAUUCCUAUCAUGAUAGAAACAAAAUCUUGAUUUGAAAAAAAAAAAUUUAGAAUUCCACGAUAUAUAGAGUUAUCAGUAAAUAAUAUUAAUACUUUUUUA